CCUCCUCGUCCUCCCGACACCAAAAAUGCUGCCUUUAUCCUUCUCCUCUCCGGAGCGCAUGGCUUCCCUUUUCAUCUAGCGGUGGGCUGCGGCCGCCACGGAGGAGAAAAUGGACUUUAGCGGGGUUAUUGGCUCCGGCGUCUCUUCUGAAGCUGCUGUUGGAGGCAUCUUAUUCUUAUCCUCUUCGCCCUUGCUUUCGGACGUGGAAAUCAGCAGCAAAAGAGGGCCCUUCGGAUCCGUGCUUCCGAAGCAUGAGAGGUCGGUCAAGGCAGCGAGGACUGAGGCAUUGGCCGAAGCGCCGGGCAAGGCGGCUCCUUUCCUCCUCAAACCCAACUCCUGCCCUCUUUUUCCUGAAGGAGAGCAAAUGCUCAGCUUCACGUCGAGAUCCCAGAUCGAAAUGGUGGUCGGCGGUGAUAGAACCUUGCCUUAUUACAAACAACCCUCGGCGACUUCUUCUGCUCGAUGCUACAUCCCGGGGAAUGCAGGUUUGACCUCAAAUUUGAACAUGCAAAGCGUCAUGGCGAGGGCCAGGGGACCCUUCACCCCUUCUCAGUGGCUGGAGUUGGAACACCAGGCCUUGAUCUACAAAUACCUACUUGCAAAUGUACCCAUACCAGCUACUCUGCUCGUUCCCCUAAGGAGAAAUACGACCUCGGGGUUCCCUCUGUCAGCUGGAGCUUUCGGCUCAGGAGGGUGGGGGUCACUCCAUCUAAGCUAUUCUAGAAAUGCUGAUCUAGAGCCUGGUAGAUGCCGUCGGACUGACGGGAAGAAAUGGCGUUGCUCCAGAAAUGCAGUUGCUGACCAGAAGUAUUGUGAGCGACACAUGAACCGGGGCCGUCAUCGUUCAAGAAAGCAUGUGGAAGGCCAGAGUUGCCGUGAUGCCAAAGUGACACCGAUUGUCACAUCUUCUCAUCAGACAUCUGCUGUAUCUGUUGGUACUUGUAGUACUCUCACAGUUACACAGCAGCAGAGUAAAGCCUUGCAGGCAACCAUCGCACACCCAGUGCAACCGAAUGGGAUACUGAAUGGCAAAGAAGUUCAAGAUGAUCAUGCUCUGAACCCCCAAAGCAUCUCCAUUCCUAGUCCUGUUGAGCAAAGGCCUGAUAGUAAUUUAUAUACUCUCUCAAAGCAACACACUCUGCUUGAGGGAACCUCCUUUGAUGCUGCAUUCGAUCUCGUUUCUGAUGGCUCACUUUCAAAUACCCCAAGGAGCUCAUUUUCAGAGAACAACAAUUUUACUCCCAUUUCAAUGCUCAAUGACCAGCAUCUCGAGUCCAAUCCCCUUUGGCACUGUGGCGACGACAAAUUGGCACUUUCAGCACUCAAGUGGUCAAGAGAAUACAACCCGGCACAACUGGGCCUAGGUGUCGGGGACCUUAAUGAUGUAUGCCGAAGGCAGGCGAAUUGGAGGCCAAUCUCUUGGGAGGCUUCCCUGGCUGGACCUUUAGGAGAGGUGCUGGAUAGAACUAAUUGCAAUUGGAAGGAUCAAAGCAAGAACUUUCCAACCCUACACAUCACAGCCAAUGAUUUGGAUUCGAGUACGCGAAUGGAGUUCUCACCGACUGGCGUCUUGCAGAAAACUUCAUUUGCUUCACUGUCGAGCAGCCCAGGAAGUAGCCCCAUGGCCGACAACCGCAUGCUUCAUGAGGGCACUAGUAGCUUGUGCAGCGACCUCCUUGCUUCAACUCUUCUAACGUAAUGCUCACAAAAUCACAAUGUGAAGGUAAAACCGGUGUCGACUAAGCUAACCAAGAACUAGGAACAAUGAGGCUUGAUGUUCUUGCUUGUUUACUAGUUUCUGUACAAUUAAACUGCGUGCAUCGAUCUAUAGUUUACUGAAUCUCCAAUCUGUUUUGAUGUUGCAUUUUGGAGGCAUUUUGCACUAGUUAAAUGCACUUUGUAUUGCUGUGAUGGCAGUUA